CGGUACUUUUUUCAGAUUUUGGCCAUAAAUCUUGCAUCUGAAAUGAACUUUAUAAGGAACUGUUUUGGAAAGCUGUUAGAGUGGAUAAGCGUGUGGAUGAAAUAUGGUCUGGGUAGACUUUGCAGAAUUUUUCCCAGAGCUGGUGCAUGGAGAACAGGUGUCACCCACCGCCACCACCACCACCAUGGUGCGUCACGGCAAGGAAACUCAGACGAGUGGGAAAGCAACAAGGCACUUCGCACAUAUGACCUGGGAGGCCAAGGCAGAAAUAUGGUUACAGUCCAAACCAGCACACACACAUUCCGUGCAGACCUGGGAAGGCUUUCUGAGUGCAGCGAGUACUUCAGAGCUUUGUCCCAGUCCGGGAUGAGGGAGGCCACAGAGAACCUGGUCCACCUGGACCACGUUUCCUCGUCUGUAUUUCACCACCUGCUGGAGUUUUACUUCCACGAUACGUUUGAAGCCCCGCAGGAGGAGGAAUUAGGCCCACAUAUACAGGUCAGCAGCUACCUCCUAGCUGAGGCCUUCCUCUCGCAGUGUCUGUCCAUGCUGCAACAGGAGCUAAGGCCAGAGAGGUGUUUGUCGUACCUGAGUCUGGCUCGGGAGAUUUUCUGUGUGGAGCUGAGGAGCACCGUGUUCACCUACCUGAGCAGGAACCUGCUGGAGCUGCCUCACGUCAUCAGGUGUCUGAGCGACGAGGAAAAAGAGGAGCUCAUCCAGCUCAGGACGCGAGAGAAGCCUCGUCUCUGCGGCCUUCGCAAGGAGAACCUGACGUCCUGGAAGGACCCGGAAACGGAGCACGCCCGGCACGUGUUCACCGAGCAAAUCGGAGCGUGGCUUCCCAUUGCGGAGUUCCCUUUCAGGGCCGACAAGUGGUGCUUCACGGCUGUGGUGUUGUAUAACUACUUGUACAUCAUAGGAGGCUACAGGACUCUGGUGAGAAGUAGGUGGGACUUCAAACUAGCAACGUUUAGGUAUAAUCCUUUGAAUCGGGAGUGGACUGCCGUCGCGCCGCUUAUUAAGCACAGAAGGCACUUCAGCGCAGUGGCCUGCCAGGGCCGUAUCUAUGCAGUGGGCGGCUGGUACUUGGACUCUCUGGUCACCCCGGACUCCAGCACGGCCCUGUACACGGCCGUGGAGUGCUACGAUCCAUGGGAGGACACGUGGAGGUUAGUCUCGCCACUCCCCCUCACCGACUUCCAGUUCACCGUGUCCCUAUCCCACGACGUGCCCCUGGCGACAAGUCUGGGACACUGUCUCUACGUCCUGGGCAGCAUCCAGAGGACUGGAGAGAAACUGCUGCUCCAGUAUGACACCAGGGAAGACUUGUGGCAGGAGCUGCUUCCCACGCUCACCCGAGCAGACGCAGACCUCCCAGCUCUCUACUUCCUGGGCGCCUCCGACGACUUGCUGGUGAUUGGAGGAAACAACUCGCACAACGUGGUCACGUCGUUUUGCAUUCGCUCGCAGAAAUGGGGAAAGGCGCACAGUGUGCAGAAAGUGGCGUUCGCGGGACAGGGGGCGCUGUUGGGCGAGCAGGUGGUGAUGCCAAGUGUGGAGCACAACAGUGUCGUGAUGAUGGAUGUGCAAACUCUCUCACUGAAGGUUCUGACUCCUUUGCCCAUCUCCAUCUGCUAUGAUGGCAUCUUUUACCUGCACUUUUGAUAUCACACUCCACUAUAUGUAUAUUAUGGGUAUACUCUUACUUUACUAGGAACAAAAUGCUAAUGUUAGGCUACCAUUAAUUUAUCAUUAUUAUUAUUAUAUAUUAUGCUACUAUGUUACUCAUAUGAGGCCUCACUGUGUCUUUCGUGAAUAAACGUCAGUUGAAUGUUCAUAUUUACAGUAUAUUCACUGGUCAAAAGAGCAAUAUUUUGCCUUUAAUAUAUGUACAGUCUACUAAAUAAAUA